GCCGAGGCCAGGCACCGGGAGCACGAGGAGGACGCGGACCCGCGGCACCGGCACAGACACGGGCACAGCGAGUCCUCGGCCAGACGGGCCAGCGAGCAACGCGAGCUACUCGACGCCCUGCGCUUGCUGUCGCCCGCGCCGAAACACUUGGCGGACGCGUCCGCCUACCGAGACGACGACGAGGAGUUCAGGGAUCAGUGGGGCUGCCACGCUUUCGACUUCCUGCACCCCGGUUUCCACGGGCUGACGCUGGACCAGCGCUACCCCGCUUGGUACCACCGCGGCCACCGCGUCGAGGACGACGAUCGUCGCGGACGCAGGGUCAGGAAGAAGGACAAGACCAGACACAAGCUCGACCACUCGAGGAACAGGGACUCGUCGGACUACGAGGACGACGAGGACGACCUGGAGAGGUCCCGCAGCUACGAGUCGCAGGACGACGGCCGCGCCUGGCGCAGGAACGGCAGGAGCCGCAGAAUCGGCUCCAGACGCGACCGGCGUCUCGACGCGAAGAGGCACCGCGCCGACGAGGCGCGGAAGCUGGACGAGUGGAGGAGGAGGACGGAGUCUUCCGGCGGUCGCAGGAAGAUAGAGGACUCCGAGGACUACGACGAUCGCGCGGAGGACUGGGACGAGCAGGAGGAGGAAGAGGACGGUUGGAGGGAGACGGAGGACGAGAACCAGACGGAGGAGGACGACGAGUUCGAUAAUGAUUUUUACAAGAACGAGAGGAAGGCUCCUCUGAAGACGUACGACGAUAUCAUCAGAAGGCUCACGUCCGACGACCCGACGACCCCGAAGUCCUCGGUGAAGAGGGACUACAGGAACGCCGGGAUCGAGAAGUACGCGAAACGAGACGCGUUCGCUUAUCUGAGAAUGGAGCCGAGGAAUCUGUCCAGAGUGAUGGUCCAGGGGAAAGCGAACUCGCUGCACCACGCCGACGCGGCUAGGAGGACCCUGAACGCCAGCAAGCAAGUGGACUCGCAGGUGGACCGUAAAUCCGCGCGGAACGCGAGCGCCGUCGCGGCGAGGAGCGUCGAUCGGCAGGAGAAGAAGGCCAAAUCGAAGACCGACGACACCCAGGCGAAGACCAAGAGCCUCGAGCAGGAUUACGACGAGUACCUGAACAGCCCGGACACCGAGAAGGAGGAGGACCUCAUGAAAGCCGGGGUCGAGGAGGAGUCUGGCAUGCAGGCGGACGUCACCAACACGGACUACACCGAAGACGAGGACGAGGGCGAGACUCCGGCCGCGUUCCCUUCCUCCACGACGACGACCACCACCACGUCCACCACCACGACCACCACGACCACCACGACACCUAGACCGCCACCUACCCAGAACUACGACUACAGGGAUCCCAGGGGGUACGAGAGCGGGACCGGGACGCAGUACAACGGGUACCAGGGUAAAAACGAUUACCCGCCGAUGUCGGCGCACAGCGUCCACAAGUGGCAGUCCCUGGGCACUCGAGAAAGCGUCAAAGAAACCAGAGGCAACAUGCAGCAGUACAACAAGAACGGGAAGACUGCGGAAAUCCGAGAGGCUCUUCAGCACGCGAUCAAAGUGUCGCGGGAGGGCAGCUGCCAGGUGCCACGGCCGAGGGUGAUCCCGGUCCGCGACGUCUACCCGAGCCCUUCGACCACCUACAUUCCACACUGCGCGAUCCUGCACAGGUGCUCGGACGACACCGGAUGCUGCAGAUCGGAAGCGCUGACCUGCGUGCCGAAGCACUCGCAUCGCGUCGAGCUCUCCUUCUACAUGAUGAACGUGGGCGGCGGCAGCACGGUGGAAAAGCUGUCCUUCUACAACCACACGGAAUGCGAGUGCAGAGAGAGGUCCGAGUACGAGACCGGCAACGAGAAACCCUUCGAGCAGAGAGUGUACAGGCACUAUCAGCCGUCCCAGCAGCCUCAGAACAUGAGAGUGGCACAACCGAGAAAGCCGUGCCGUUGCCCCUCGGAGUUCAUGCCCAGGAUCACGCACGAGGGCGAGUGCCAGUGCAACUGCUACGAGAAUCAUCAAAACUGCAUCAAGAUCAGGCGGGGGAAAGGAUACUUCUCGCUCGCGGAUCGAUUAUGCAUCCAAAACGAGGAGUGCGCGAUGCCCAGCUGCGAGUUCGGCGAGUACAUGAGACGACAGGGAAAGUGUCCCCGUAAGAAGGACAAAUUCGACGCGAUCGUGAGCCACCGGACGAGAAGGAUACUGUAA